CUGUCUCUGAUUGGUGUAGAAAGCUGCCAAUCAACAGGUCCCGUCUUUGUCGCUGUUGUGAAAUGAAACGAAAACUGCAUGUCUGUAGCUCACCGGAAAACAGUAACCAACAGAUAAAGGCAAAGCGACACGUAUCUCGGAGUUGUAUAUCGCGCUGGAACCAAAUGAAAAGAGUGAAUUGGGAAGACGCAAGUCCAAGCCGGCAGAAGUGGAAGAGGAGGUAAUCCUUGCCUGCGAAUUGCCAUGAGUCAGUUGUUACUGUGUUGGUGGGGACAAGACAUGACACAGUCAGGGGUUCAAGAAGCUAACAGAAAGUCAAAGAGCCAGGCUGUCAAGAAGCUAACAGAAAGUCAAAGAGCCAGGCUGUUGGUUUCAUCAGACACCUUUCCUUUAUUCAUCUUUAUCGACUGCAUGUGAUUUUUUACAGGAAGAGUCUUUAUGUUGCCUGAUACAAGAUGAGAGAAUAAAAUGGCCCACUUUGACACAGAGUAUCAGCGACUGGAGGUGUCUUACAAUGACUCUCCACCUGGGGAGGAGGACAUGCUCGUUCAUGUCCCAGAAGGCAGCAAGUCACUGUGGCAUCACAUAGAAAAUUUGGACCUUUUCUUCCAAAGAGUCUACAAUUUACACCAAAAGAAUGGAUUCACAUGUAUGUUGCUAGGAGAGAUAUUUGAACUUGUGCAACUGGUGUUUGUGGUUGCAUUUACUGUGUUCUUGGCCAACUGUGUGGACUACGAUAUUCUUUUUGCGAAUAAGAUGGUGAAUCAUACUCAUCACUUACAUGAAUCAAUUAAAGUGACUCUUCCAGAUGCAUUCCUGCCAGCUAAUGUUUGCAGUGCCAGAAUUCGCAAUAAUGUUGUUGUAAUUUUCAUUAUGGUGAUAGCUGGUGUGUUCUGGCUACAUCGCUUAAUCAAGUUCAUUUACAACAUUUGUUGCUAUUGGGAGAUCCGCUCAUUCUACAUCAAUGCACUUAAGAUAUCCAUGGCAGAUCUACCUUACUUCACUUGGCAAGAGGUUCAGGCUCGCAUCAUUGAAAUCCAGAAGGAACAUCAAAUGUGUAUUCACAAGAAGGAACUGACAGAACUGGACAUUUACCACCGAAUCCUGCGUUUCAAGAAUUACAUGGUUGCAAUGGUGAACAAGUCACUGUUGCCCAUCCGCUAUCGGCUUCCUAUGUUAGGUGACGUUAUUUUCUAUACACGUGGACUUAAGUAUAAUUUUGAACUAAUCUUUUUCUGGGGGCCAGGCUCCCUGUUUGAGAAUGAAUGGAGUCUGAAACCUGAAUAUAAGAGGGGAGGCAAUCGUCUGGAACUAGCUGAUAAACUGAGUGCCCGUAUCCUAUGGAUUGGCAUUGCCAACUUUCUUCUCUGCCCAAUAAUCCUUAUUUGGCAAAUCCUGUAUGCUUUUUUUAGCUACACUGAAGUGAUCAAACGUGAACCAGGCAGUCUGGGAGCCCGUUGUUGGUCCCUUUAUGGACGCUGCUAUCUGCGCCAUUUUAAUGAAUUAGAUCAUGAACUUAUGUCUCGCCUCAGCAAAGGAUAUAAAGCCUCCUCCAAGUACAUGAAUUGCUUUAUGUCUCCUCUGCUGACUGUUGUAGCCAAGAAUGUAGCCUUCUUUGCAGGUUCUAUCUUGGCAGUGCUUAUAUCACUGACAAUAUAUGAUGAGGAUGUCCUGGCUGUUGAACAUGUUCUAACCACUAUUACCUUGCUGGGAGUAUGUAUCACCAUCUGCAGAUCUUUUAUCCCAGACAAGCAUAUGGUAUUCUGUCCAGAACAGCUUUUAAAGGUCAUUUUGGCUCAUAUCCACUACAUGCCUGAUCACUGGCAGGGGAAUGCCCAUCGCUAUGAGACAAGAGAUGAAUUUUCACAGCUUUUCCAAUACAAAGCGGUAUUCAUCUUGGAGGAGCUCCUUAGCCCAGUUAUCACACCUUUCAUUCUCAUCUUUUGCCUGCGUCGAAAGUCCCUUGAGAUCAUCGACUUCUUCCGUAAUUUCACUGUGGAAGUUGUAGGGGUCGGUGACACCUGUUCCUUUGCACAGAUGGAUGUUCGUCAGCAUGGUCACCCUGCGUGGAUGUCAGCAGGAAAAACGGAGGCAUCCAUCUACCAGCAGGCAGAAGAUGGAAAAACUGAACUUUCCCUUAUGCAUUUUGCUAUCACCAACCCUCGCUGGCAGCCCCCUCGUGAGAGCACACAUUUUAUCAGUCAACUGAAGGAAAAAGUUCAAAGAGAAGCAGCAAAUUGCCAACAAGGCAUGGCUGAGAAGCAUCUUUUUAGUUCUAUUCAGUCCAUUCAAUCAGAGUCUGAGCCGCACAGUUUAAUUGCCAACCUAUUGGUAGGACCUCCUUCACUGACCUCGUUCCAGUAUGCUCAGGAGGGACAUGGUGCUCACCACUCUUCACACAUUGGCAGUAGUGAUGUAGCUUCUGCACUUCGGUCACUUUCUCCACUCAGUACCAGCCAGCACCUCCGUGGGAGCUUUUCCUCCACAUUGGCUAAAGGAGAGGGGACACCACUGAUUACAGCCAGAGGGUUGGCCGGAUCAACGACAGACACGAGGACAGCCAGCUCCGGCAGCAGUGCAUGGGAGGGCCAGCUUACAAGUAUGGUUUUGUCAGAAUAUGCAUCAAAUGAAAUGAGCAUUCAUGCAGUCUACAUGCAUGAGCUACACAAGCAGCAAGUGAGGACAGAGCCUGCACGGCAUGUAUGGCACCGUCAGGAUAGUGAUGACAGCAGUGAGAGUGCCCCAGAAGAUUCUGAAGCCAACCGCACCCUUCCCCGCUCAGCUACCUUUCCCUUCCCUGGUGCCUUAUCAAGGCAAGAGGGCUCCACAGCACCUAUGGUCGGUCAACGGCGCUAUGGGUGCACCCCAGAUGGCGCAAGUGGCACUUCUAGACCAGGCUCCAGAAUGUCACGUUUGCCAAUGGGCGGUUGGACAGAAGAUGUUCAGGCAGGCAGGCAUCAUGAUACAGUACCUGAAGAAGGCUCUGAUGAUGAGCAACCUCCACAAAUUCAUAAGAUUACGUAAUGAACAUAUUCUAGUGCUGCUCCUGGGGUCCUGCCUCCUGUAGAGUUACAUGACUGUUUAAUAUAACAGACACAACAAAAGAAUUUACUUCAUCCUUUGUUUUUACCCUAUGUCAAGUCACUGCUGAACACUAAACUGUUUCCAGAGUUUAUUGGUUAAAGAAAGCUGGUGAAGGUAUUAAGUACAGAAUAUGUCACAUACAUUACAUUUCUAAAAUGGGUGUUUCAAAUUUAGCUUGUGCAAGGAGAAUGUGUGCCUGUGUAGAUUUCAUUGAUGUUCAUUUUGCUUGUGAACCAAAUGCAAACAGAUGUUUAAACACAUUGACCACUUUCUCCUUUUACUGGUAAGCUUUACUAAACUAAAAACAUGGCUGAGUUUGACAGUACAAAAGUGGGGUUACUGUCAAGUUACUAGAGAAACUUGAAUUGUCAUGUAUGCUUUUAAAUGCAUUUUAGCACUGACUGUUAUAUAGGUCAUACUAUAUAAACUGCAGUUGUUGAGUGAACUGGUAACGUUGGCGGAUGUUGUUUUGCUUUGACAAAUCAGUAAUAGUUCUGACAAAUUUGUGAGUGUUUGUAAUCCUUUACCAAUUUGAAUCGUGGAGAUUCAGCACUUUGCUUUGGAGAAAAAAAAGUGGCUAUAAUUCACAGGUUACUGAUAAGAACUAUUUUUAAUCGAGGAUCAUAUUACUUUAAUAUCACUACAGCUAAAAACGAAUAUUUAUGUCCUCACUAUUACGAAGUCCUUGUUGUUGAAAGUUGGAGAAGGAAAACGAAAGUAUUUGUGAAAUAUUAAAGAAAAUACAUAUUUAGAUUUUUCAGAUAUUUUAAAUUAUUUGUAUAAAAGGAAAAAAAAGUGUGUAAAGGAGAAUUGAGUCAGAUUACAGAACUACGCAUUACUUGUGAAUACUGACAGUAGAAUGUUCUACAACCAAUCAGCGACAAUAUAAACUUUUAUUCACCUUCCAGGAUUAGAAAAAAAACUGAAUUAUGGAUAUAAUUGUUUUUACAUUGAGCAGGUAGGAAAAUUGUUCCAGGAGAUGAAUUUGCAUAUAUGAAUUGAGGAUUAAAGAUAAUGAAUUAAUGCAUUUUAAGCAGGUAUGUAUUGUGGCCCACAUGACGAGCCUUAAGCAUUUUUCAGUUUGUUUUUACCUUAAUAACUUUUCAUAAUUGGACACUACAGUCAGAGUGGGUGCUAGUAAUGAUGACAGAUAAUACUUAAUGGCGUACAUUUAAAUAGGCAUGCUUUUGAGGAGACAAAGCAGUUUCAACUAUGUAAGAAUCAUAAAGCACAAUUUUUGAACCCAGACUAGAUAAACAAGUAUACAGUAAGUUUGUCUUUUAACAUUGUUGCCAUUACUGAUUUUUGACUGUGUACUGUUAAAUAUUUGGGCUUUAAAGGUUGCUCAAUAGGCUACUUUUAUAAAAUUAUCAAACUAUUUUCAGAUUUAUUUUAAGUCCAUUCAGCUAUUUUUAUAUUCUGGACAUGCUAAGCUAACUGCUUUUUUCUUUUGUUUUACCUGUAUCUGUGACUAGUCUUAAACUCUUACGCUGUUCUGGCCUGUUACUAUCUUGUGUAAUUCUUAAACCAGAUUGCAACUGUAUUUUAAUCAGAAGAUGUAAAUACUUGGUACACUGUAUCUACUGUUAUAAAUAUUGUACCCCUUAGGGUAGUGGGAGGCCUUCUCACUAACACCGUUCGAACUAACCAUUGCUAUGCACAGCUCACAUGUGCACAAUGGAAGCAUCGUGCUGGCGGCAGGGUAGAGAUUGGCACUCUUGGACACUUUACUUUUAUUGAAUUUAAUUAAGAAUCACCCAAACUGUGAUUCUGUUUCAUUUAGGCAAAUCCAAAGAGUUGUAAACCUAAAUAAAUGAACUAAGGAAAAAAUGCACAACUAAAUACAAAGUUUAAUGAAGACUGUAGACAGCAUGAGGGAACUCCGGCCGCUUGUGGGUAGGCUCAGCAGAGCUAUGAGGUUUGUUUCUGUCUGUGUUUGAUUAGUACACAAUAAAAAUAAGUAUUCUGUAGUUUUUUUAUGAUGCAUAAUACUUUUUCUUUGUGAAACAAGAAGUUGUGGAAAUUGUCACUGUUUUAAAAGUAGGAGAAGGUUGUAGUGGGUAAAAUUUCAAAAUUUAGAGUAAUCAUAACAGCAAAAGCUUUCCUGCUCAGAAAUUAGUGUCAUAUGAGAUGAUUGAGAUGAGUGUACACAAGUUAACAUGAAGAUGCAGUCUGGUGCCGUAAAAUCUUAGUUACACAGUUAGUGGUGUGACUGCACAAGGCACAUGGAAUGAGAGAUGUAGCCUACAAUAGCCUGGUACCAUUCUCAUACCAUACUUUAUAUAUCAACAUGCUUGUACUGUAAUAGAUCAAGAGUACUAUGUGUUAAGUCCCCUUCUACCCCCCGUGCCCAUUAUCCAGCAUGGAUAAGAAGGAAUCUGAGUUUUGCUUGAUAUACCUGAAACUGUGAAGCUAGGAACUUCUAAAGCAAUUGCAAAAUUUGAGUUAGUUGCAGGAUAAUUAAUUAAAGCUGCUUUCACCAAAACCAGUACCAGAGCUAAAAAUGCUAAAAUCUAUUUAGUCAGCACCUACAGCAACAUUUCCUUGAUAAUGUUUGGAGGACAUAGUCAUUUAGAUUAUUUUUAGUUUCAUUGUUGCACAGCAUGAGGGUGUUUGUUUUUUUGCCAUUACAGCUGAAGGGACGAAAAAAAAAUAGCUGAUGUAGCAAAAAUCACACAACAAUGGUCACAACAGGCAAUGUAAAUUUUUAACCUACAGAUAUGGAGGACUGAGAAGGACAAUGAAUAUGAUAUGUAUUAUUAGGCAGUAUUAAUUCAUAAGUUGAAAAUGUAAACACUGCGACCAGUACUGUCCACUCAUAAUAAUAAUAAACUCAUACCCAAUAUUAUUCCCAACGGAAACUGAAUGGAAUUAAUUCUUAACUUUUUUAUUUACUGUUCUGUCCAUUUAUUUUACCAUUUAAUGGGAAGCGCUAUAAGGGAACAGGGUCCAGUGAACCCUCUAAAAACCCUUUUACACCAAAGCUACUAGCAAGAGCGGCACUGCUCUUUAACACUUCCUGCUACCACUCUUCCUCUAGUCAAAUGGUGGGGUUACAAGUUUGACAAAAGCACAGAAGGAAAACUCACUUUUUAAAAUUUGCUUUGAAGGCUGGGCCCUUGUGCAACUUGCUACCCUUUUCCAUACAUUUGUUUAAGUAGUCAAUAGUAGCAGUGCUUUUGUAAUGCACACAACUAUAACUUUUGAAAUAUUAAAUCAAUAAUGUAUGUGCAUUUCUUUAAAAUGUUAUCAGGAAAGAAUUGAUGGACUAUAUUGCAUUCUCAUUCCAUGAUUUACAGCUAAAAUUAGUCUGAUUGUUUCCAAUCAGAAAAGGACCCCAUCCUACAUCAUGCUAGAUGACAUAUUUCAUCAUGUUUCAAACAUCUCACUGAAUGAAGGACUGACAUUUACCAUUGUAUCAAGACAGUUUGGAAUCAUUUAAUCUCAAAAAAAAAACAAAAAAAAAAAAAAAAAAACAGCGAGCCUUUGAAAAUCUGAGUGACUUCUCAGAUUAAAAGGUUAUUUCUUAUUUUAUAUAAAAAUCAUUCAUCUGGUGGUGGUUUGAAGAAAAUCCAGUUUAUUCUGGUGAAAAUGUUAAGAUGUCUUAAUGACCUUAAUUUUGAUUUUGCCAGAUGUCACACACAUUAAUGACAUGGAUUGGAUUUUCAUAUAAGAACCCGCUGUUUUUGCAACAUUAAAAAAUUGACAGCUCUCUAGUGUCUACAAUAUCUGAACGUGUUUUCUUUCAACACUCUGUUAAGUUUCAAGUGCUGUUUCCAGCCAUUGGUCUAUGCCUGCCGCCAGUCUCAUUUUGUAUUGUUUUUAUUUUUUUCACUGUUGGUGUACUCUAUAAAAAUUAAAUAAUAGUUAACUACUCUGUAAUUUUCCUUAACUUGCUACACCUGUGCUGGAGUCAAAGGGAAGGUGUUUGUGUACCACUGGGAUUUCUGUAUCUGCAAAGGGAAUAAUGCCUCAUUUGUCAGUUCCUUCUUUACUGGUAUAGAUCACUGCCACCUUAAUAGGAUUUUCAAGUAACUGAUUCAGAUAAGCGCAUGCCUGUCUGCAUUUAUCAUGAAUGUCAAAUGUAAGUCAUCACGGAGUAGAAAUGGAACUGCAGUACUCAGAUUUUUGUUUUCAUCAUUUAAUGAAUUGUGUGCAAAACAACUCCGGUAUUUUUUGUAGAGUUAAGAGCUUUGUAUGUUGUACAAUUUGUACAUAUACAGUACAUAUCCAUUAAUAAAUUAUUUAAUUCCA